AAUAAUUUACGGAUGAAAUAAAGUUUAAAGUAGAAAAAGAUUCAAAAGAAAAGGAAAGUCCAACCACAAAAUACUGAAAGCUCAGUAUUUCUACUCUUCUUAGGAAAAUUCCAGUAUUAAAGCAUUUGUUUUUUUUUUUCGUUAAGACUUAGAAUUCCACUCACAAAAACUAAAAAACGUAAAAAAAAUAAAAAAAUAAAUUUUCUCUCUCCUCCAGAUCUACACCUUCUCUCUCCUCAAUUACCCUUCUUUUUCGCUCUACCUAUCCCCAAAAAAAUCCACAACAUUUUUCUGGAAUUUGUGUGAAUUCAUCUUCAUUCGUCGGUGUAAUUUGGGGGAAUUUCUUCUAUUCUAGGGUUUGAUUCUUCAUCGUAACCACUUUGAUUUUGAUUCUGAUUCUGAUUAAUUAAUUAACUCAUCGAUUUCUGAUUUUCACACUCUCAUACAAAAUCUCACUCCGAUCCACCUCAAUUCUGCUGAUUGUUUUUUCUGCUACCGAAGAACAAUUUCAAUUUAAUUGAUUUGAUUCCACGAACUCAAAUUUUGUUUUCUAUUUGAGUGAUUAGAAAUGAAAAAUCAGAUUGUUAAUUUGAUGAUGAUUCAGUGAAAAUUGGAGAAGGAAAGGCGUUUUGGAUCCGCUCUCAGGGUGGAGGAGAGAGAAAAGUGAUGGACUUUGGUCGUAGGAGAGAGAAUGGAAAUGGUAACGGUUAUGGCGGUGGAAGCUUUAGCAACGGAAACAGCUUUGGAAAUGGCAACGGUAAUGGAAAUGGUAAUGGUUUGAUGUACGAUCGUUUUGGUUUUGAGGAGAGAGAAUGUGGUGAUGGACCAAUUAUAGCUGAUUCUUUCAAGGUUUCUUCAUCAUCAACAAAUUCUUCGUCGCCAUCUUCGUCUUCGUCUUCGCCUUCGCGUUACAUCGAGCAUCAUGUUACAAAGUUGGAUACUCUUGCUGGUGUUGCUAUCAGAUACGGUGUUGAGGUUGCAGACAUCAAGAAGUUAAAUGGCCUGGUGACGGAUCUACAAAUGUUUGCCCUCAAAACGCUUCAUAUCCCACUUCCUGGAAGACACCCUCCUUCUCCUUGCUUAUCAAAUGGUCACAGCACGACAGGACCAAGCAGCUCUGAGCAGACUCCAUCUCGUCGUGUGCGCCCUGAUGUUCUCGAAUCAUUUCAAACUUUGAGAAUAACUCCGGAAUAUAAGGUGUCGCCUGCCAUGAGUUCUUUACGAGGCUACUAUGGGCUUAAUGAACAGAAAAACUCUUCGGAUGGCUUUGAAAUGGCACUUUACAGCAAAGGAAGUACCAGUUACGGUGAAGAUGAAAGAUCUUUUACAUCACCAUCACUGAUGAACCCACCUCUUAGUCAACAUAGGAGAUCUAGAAGUGUGGCUAAUGGCUUUAAGACAGAGGAGGAUGAUCUGUCUAAUGAUAUGGACAAUGCAGCUAAAUGGAUUGAUAACCUAAACAAGAGGCGCCAGAAAUCAGAUGCUGAUUUUGCUCGCACUCCUGGAAAAUUAUUGAAGGAAGAGAAUGGGAGUGGUGGUUGGUUUUCUGCAAUCACAGGGAAGGGAUUAGCUUUGAGAACAAAAGCAGCAAGUAGAACCAGUUUGGCUUCUGAAGCCGAAGCAGGAGGAUCAAAUGGAUUUCCCUUCAGUUUGGGAGAUUCUAAUGCAGCUGAAAGUUCAUCUGGAGUCAGGAAAUCCUCUAGCACACCAAGUUUCCAGGAUCAAGACGGCAAUAGUAGCUCUAUAUGGUCUGCUGCCAAGUGGUCCUUGACACCAGAACUACAAGCUGCCCUUACAAAACCAAUUUUUGAUGGUCUGCCUAAGCCAAUUAGUGGCCGAAAAUCUAAAGCAGCCCUUGACUAGAUGCUGUCCUCACGUUGCAAUUCCAGUUCCUGAGUUGAUAUAGACUGAACUGUGUUUUCAAGCUCUUUUGUAUCUUGUUCUAGAUGGAGAAAAAGUGCCUAAGGUUGCAUUAAAUUCAUUUACAAGAACAGGAAGAGGUAGUAAGGCUAAGUAAAUCGACGAUGCCCUGUGGUGAUGGUCGCACAAGAUGCAAGCCGAGUACAUGAAUUUUGUUUACAGUGAUAUACCUUCAAGGAUACAAAUGAUACAUAUGAAGCUUAUUUUGCCCUCCUCAUCUCAGGUAUUUUUUAGUGAAAGUUUCUGCUACAAUUUGGAUCACAGAAAUUUGUAUAUGUAAAGUCCUGGAUCACCUUUUUAUUGGAAAUAAUCAGGUCGAUAGUAAAAAAAAAAAAAAAAAAAAAAAAAAAAAAAAAUUAUUUAUUCCAUUGUGUUAUUUGUUUCCUUAGGCUAAUGUUGAAUCUUUAGAUCAAGUAGCUGUAGUUUACGUGCUCCGUCUCAGAACAGUAAUCCCUGUGGACUAGUUUGUCAAGAGGUGUAAUUAGUGAGCCAUACCGAUGGACAAUGUUUUGGUUUAGUUCAACUAGUCAUGAAUGAUUUGUUAAAAUAUAUUCUUAUUUAAAAUAAAAUUCUUAUUUUUCCCUGUA